CCUAGCUCCAAAGCAUCAGUUACCAUGGAGACCUAGCAGGUAUAAAGGGAGCCUUUAGGCUUUAGACUUGUGGCUCAACAUACCUGAUAACCCAGCGGUCUUUCUGCGUAGUACAGCCCUCUGGUGUUUGGACCCAUCCACUAUCUGGACCUUCAUCCCAGGGACGGUGCUGACAGCUGCUGCAGCAGCUCUCUCUGCUUGCUGGAGAUUUAGCUCCAGGGAAGAAUGAUCACAUCACAAACUCAUGGAGUGCUAAGCGGCGGUGGUGUGAUGGGCCUGAGAGCAGGAGAACCGCUGGUAUGAACCACAGGGCAGAGGCAGUAAAACCCGUUUCAGAACACGGCCCACAGAACUCACUGAGACACUUUAUAUGCUGACUAAACACUGAGCACGGUCUGUCCAGCAUGUAGAGCUGUGUAGGAAAGACGAAACCAGGAAGUGAACAAUUCCCAUCAGAGCAACUCCUGGGACAAGCGCUGUGAACAAGACUGUCAGCAACAGGCUUGAGCAGAGGAUGUCGCGUUGUGCUGAUUGUUGUCUGCAGCUACACCCGGCGUCCAUCAGGGGGCGGUAAUGCCUUCUGAAGCUGGACUGACAGCCGCCAGCCAGCAGCAGAAGAAGCUCCCCAACACGCUGCUGGGCCCAAACACUGACCGGUGCUGGUUUCUUCCAAACACGGAUCGGAGCUGUUGCUGAGGAACAUGUCCAGACUCCAGAGCCUGAAGCUGUUCAUCCACCAGCGGCUCGCAGCCACCGUGGAGGAGGUCAUCGGGCACCUGGAGAGGACUCUGACCGAGUACGAGGACCAGAUGGAGUGUCGCCAUUGCAGGCUGCUGGCUCCGGUGUCGGAUCCUCAGCACUCGAGGAAAACAACAGAGAUCCAGCAGCUGGUGAUCAAAGAUGAGCUUUGUUCUGAGCAGCAGCAGUGGACCUCCAGUCUGAACCAGGACAACCCAGUCUGCCAGCACAUUAAAGAUGAAGAACCGGAUUUCUGGCCCGGUCUGGAGCCUGAGCAGCUACAAAUGCUUUAUGAGGACGAGGUCCCCAGCGUCCCAUUCACAGCCGUCUCUGUGAAACACACUGACCCUGAAGAGGAAGCUCAGUCCUCACAGCUUCAUCACAGACGGACGGAGGAGAACCCAGAGUCUCCAGGUUGUGGCUCAGCCCAGCAGAUCAAAACAGAGGAGGACUGUGGAGGACCACCACCGGGCCAGGUCCUCCUGUCUGGUCUUCAGUGUCCGUCAGAGUCUGAUGACAGGACGUCACGCUCUGCUGAAGCUGAGACUGAAGACAGAGGUGACGGCUGGAGGGAGAUGAGGAAACCCCAGACACCUGUGAACAUCAGCACAACGAAAGCUCCUGUGAAUGAUGUGGGGGGACACAAAAUGUUUGGCUGCUCCAAAUGUGGGAAGCGGUUUGGCCAGAAGCACCAUCUGCAGACGCACAUGAGGUGUCACACUGGAGAGAAGCCGUUCAGUUGCUCCCUGUGUGGGAAGAGAUUCACUCAGAAGGGGAACAUGACGCAGCACCUGGCGGUCCACACCAGAGAGAAGCCGUGCAGCUGUCCGGUCUGCGGCGAGAGGUUUGCCCAGAAAGGAAAUCUGACACAACACAUGACUGUCCACACGAGAGAAAAGCUCUGCUGGUGAGAGACUCGGACAAUAUCUUAUUUACAGCAGCAAACUCAACAAAGAAUCAACAUGUUCAUACAACCAACCGGCUCUGGCCAUGAAAACAGUCCGUCAUGGUCCAAACAUGCCGCUGGUCCAGGAGUAGAGCAGGUGGUCCAAUAGUCAGGCAGUUGGGUUCUGAUUCCUGGCUGCUCAGGCCUCCGGAUGGUUUGAAUGUUGGUGUGUGUCAGUUGGAAAGCCUGUUCAGACCCUGUUCCUGUGGCCCAAGACCCUGUUCCUGUGGAUCAAGACCCUGUUCCUGUGGAUCCUACACAUCAUGUACUGGGCUCUAUGUUCUCGUUUAGCCUUGAAGUGCAGUGUUUGUCUGUCAGUGUGUCUGUCUAAUAAAACAUUUAUGUCUGGA